GGUUAAAAAUUGACAAAACUGUUACUAUUUAGCUUUAAAGAGUUAUAUAAAGAAAACUCCUAUAACAUUCAUGUUGAAAAACAGAGGCGAGCAAAAUAAACCAUUUGAAACGUGCUUGUGGGUUCAAAGCCUCUUGGUUUCUCACACACAAAUUUCAGGAGGAUCGUCUCUCUCUCUCUCUCUCUCUCUCUCUCCGUGUCUUAUCAUUAUAAUCUCUCUCUCUCUCUCUCUCUCUCUCUCUCGCUCCGUGUCUUAUCAUUCUUCUCUGUUAAACUUCAUCGUUUUUCUUUGUUUUGCAAAGUCCUCUGCAUUACGACAGAGCUUCGGGUUAGUUCAUGGUAAAUUUGUUUAUAUUUCCGAAUUCUUUGUUUUGAUUCUUUUGCUUUCUCAUAAAGAUCAUAGCUUGUUUGUUAAGUUGUAAAGUCCAAGAAAAAGUUCAUCACCAAAAACUUUAUUUUGAUUUUUUUUUUUUUAAUUAUCUUUUCGCUUUGUUUUUAUCAAAUAGAUAUUAUAUAUAUGUGCAUAGAUAGCAUUUAGAUACUAGCAAAGUUCCAUUAUUAUUUUCUGAGAAUACCCAGUUUGGUUUUUGCAAAUUCUCGAACAAGUGUUUGGAUCAAAACCCAAUUGAUCUUUUUUCUUCAUAAGAUUAAAAAAAAAAAAAAAAAAAGAAAAUUCAAAGUUUUUUUUCUUUUCUUUUUCUUGCCUGAAAAGUCUAAAGCGAUGAAGAGCAGUCAAAACCAAAACCCAUUGAAUUUGCUUUCAAAGCUGUUUAAUUUCCAAUUACAGCUUCUCAAUUUCCUUACAUAUUUCCUUCUCUUUGGUUGUGGUAUAACCGUUGGAAUCAUUCUAAGUUUCUAUCUGAAAAGCUUCUCAUUCAAUCUGCAAUUUACCCAAUUUUCGUUAUCAACUUCAUCAUCACCAUCUUCAUCAUCAUCCUCUGUUUCCCAAAUGAUAAUGCCAAAUGUAGAACCCCAAAAACCCAAUGUAACCACCCCACGGAUUGGACUGGAAGAAUUUCUAAAGCCACCAAAUGUAAUGCACGACAUGAAUGAUGAAGAAUUGCUUUGGAGAGCUUCAAUGGCGGUUCCUCGGGUUCCUACAUAUCCAUUCAACAGAGUACCAAAGAUUGCUUUCAUGUUCUUGACAAGAGGACCAGUUUUCAUGGCACCUCUUUGGGAGAAAUUCUUCAAAGGCCAUGAAGGUUACUAUUCAAUAUACGUUCAUUCAAAUCCUUCUUACAAUGGUUCAAUGCCUGAAAGUCCUGUUUUUCAUGGAAGAAGAAUUCCUAGCAAGGCAGUUGGAUGGGGUAAGGUGAACAUGAUUGAGGCAGAGCGACGCCUACUAGCCAAUGCACUCCUUGACAUUUCAAAUCAACGUUUUGUUCUUCUCUCUGAAGCUUGCAUUCCCCUUUACAAUUUUCAGACCAUCUACUCCUACCUCAUGAACUCAACCAAGAAUUAUGUCAUGGCCUAUGACGAACCAGGCCCUGUUGGUCGUGGACGAUACAACUUCCAUAUGUUCCCGGAAAUCACAUUGCAACAAUGGAGGAAAGGUUCCCAAUGGUUCGAAAUGGAUCGAAACCUAGCCGUAGAAGUCGUUUCGGAUACAAAAUACUUCCCAAUUUUCCAAAAGUACUGCACAGGUUCAUGCUAUUCAGAUGAGCAUUAUUUGCCAACCUUAGUGAGCAUCAAAUUUUGGGAGGGAAAUUCAAAUAGGAGCUUAACAUGGGUUGAUUGGUCAAAGGGAGGUCCUCACCCUGCUAGGUUUUGGAGAACAGAUGUGACAGUGGACCUAUUGAAAAGUUUGAGGAAUAAUGGGAAUAGUUGUAUAUACAAUGGGAAUAGCACAGAUAUCUGUUUCUUAUUUGCUAGGAAGUUCUUGCCUAGCACUUUGGAUAGGUUGCUAAGGUUUGCACCAAAGCUUAUGCAAUUUAAUAGAUAGGUCUUUUUGGGGAUUAUUGAAAUUUAUUUUAUUGGAUUGUAAUAAGUUUAGGGGAGGGGGGGUGCAAGAAUCAUCAAAAGGGUCCUUAAACUUAUUGUUUGCAUUAUAUUUAUUUAAUUUAUGAAAUAUCACUUUUGUGUAA